AGUUGUUUGCUGUUUGACGUUUAACUGGCUGUUUUUAGUAAUCGGUGUUUUCAGUUUUCCUUUCCGACAAGAAAAGCGAUGAAAAACGUGUAGUAUUUUUGUCGGACGGGACGCAAAUAAUUCCAAAUGUUUGCGCCACCUUAUCCCCGAACUUAUACUCGUAUUUUGACGGCUGUGAUUCGUUCUAAAUAGUCCACAAUGAUCUCUAGAACUUGGUCUAUUUUUAGUUUUGUAUUAUAGAAGAACAAAAAACGUACCGUACCGUGUGUUUUCCUCACUUAUUUAGAUUUUCUGGAAAUGGCUGACAAAAGGAACUCUAUUUUUAAGGAUGUUUGGAACCGGCAACACGAUUCGAAAAUUACAAGUCUUUCAAACACGGCCAAAGACGAUUUAGCAUUAGUUCAAAGACUGGACCUGGUGAAGCGCUUACAAGUUCACAAAGGUUGUGUCAAUACAAUUUGUUGGAAUGAAAAAGGAAACUUAUUACUGUCCGGUUCCGAUGAUCAGCAUUUAGUGAUCACAAACGCAUUCACUUACAAAGUAGAAGCAAAUUAUUGUACUAGUCACAGGGCAAACAUUUUUAGUGCAAAAUUUCUGCCAUGCACCAACGACCAACAGAUUGUCAGUUGCUCAGGAGUUGGAAUUGUGUUGCAUACAGACUUAAACCGGCCACAAGAUACUUACAACAACCAGUUUACUUGCCACGGAGGUACAACAACUUACGAGGUAAUGACUAUACCAGAUAAUCCACAUACUUUUAUGAGCUGUGGUGAAGAUGGUACAGUGCGCUGGUUCGAUUUAAGAACAAAGAGCAGUUGUUUUCAGCAAAGGUGCCGAGACGAUAUACUGAUAUCGUGCCAAAGGGCUAUCACAGCCCUGGCCAUUAGCCCUACCGCUUCCUAUCAAUUGGCAGUUGCCUGUGCUGAUUCUACUGUUCGCGUCUAUGAUAGAAGAUUUUUAAGCGUGUCUCCUGGAGAACAUCUUCUGGCUCAACCCUUCUGUACAUUUGUUGCUCCAAAAUUCGGCGAAGAAAGACACUAUAGAAUAACAUCUUUGAACUACGAUAGCGAUGGAAGAGAUAUGCUUGUCAGUUAUUCUUCAGAUUAUUUGUAUUUGUUCAAUGUCCAGGAACGUACAUCGACUGAACUGAAAGCCACGGGUAAAAAACUGUCAGGCUGGGAAAAAAUCGGCGCUUUUCGGGGUAAGAGGGAAAGAGUGUCUCCUCCUCCUGUGAGGAGGUUAAGGUUGAGGGGAGAUUGGUCUGAUACGGGACCAGACGCACGGCCUGAAAGAGAAACAUCAACUACCGUAGGAAUAGGACAGGCCAGACCCCAGUUGCAAGCCACCCUAAUGCAGCGCAUGACCGAUGUCUUGUCUCGCAUGCUGAACGACCCGAUGACGCGCGCCGCCCUAUCGGCCGGAGGCGAAGACUCCCUGGACCCCGAGGAAAACGCCCAGAGGGUCUUGGAAGCGCGAGAAGGGGGCGCUGCAGCUCUACAGGAAGGUGGCGCGGGUGGUAGUAUGGAGACCGACGACGGUAGUACUGGGGCCGAUGAAACGUCCGCUGCCGAGAAUUCGACUAGACCGCAGACUUCUUCGUCCGAGCCGACAACGCCGCAUCCGACCGCUUCGACUUCGGAGAGCAGGACGGGGCCCUCCACUGUCACCAGCGACCUGCACACUCAUUUGGCCGCGUUGAGGAAUUUGAGGCAGGGGUUUAUCGAUCAGCACGGGGCGGAGCCUUCGGUCAGUUUCAGGUAUUCAGAGCAAAGUACAUCCAGCUCAACUAUAAGUCUGAGAGCCAACAACGAACCUCCUCAGGUUGCCGCUGAAUCUAACAAUGAAUCGACCGAAGAAAAUCAGAGAGGAGAAAGUUCAGGAACGAACAACAGAGCACUGGAGAUGGACGUAGAUUAUCCCGAGGAGGAGGAACUUCGAAUAACUUCGGAAUCGGCCGCAGUUGAGAAAACGGAAGAGCCCAUGACCAGUCUCUACGAGGCCGAGGUGAAGAAGAAGUAUAUUGGACAUAGGAACGCAAGGACGAUGAUAAAGGAAGCGACGUUCUGGGGCCGGGACUACGUGAUGUCGGGGUCGGACUGCGGCCACGUGUUCAUCUGGGACCGGCACACGGCCGAGCUGAAGAUGUUGCUGGAGGCCGACCAGCACGUAGUCAAUUGCCUGCGCCCCCACCCCCGGUUGCCCUUUCUGGCCACCAGCGGCAUCGACCACGACAUCAAGCUGUGGGCGCCCGUGUCGGAGGAGUGCGCCUUCGAUAAGGACCUGGCCGACGGGCUGAUCAAUAGAAACGCUAUUAUGCUGGAAGAGACCAGGGAUACCAUCACAGUACCGGCCGCUUUUAUGAUCCGAAUGUUAGCCUGCCUGAACCAGAUCAGAAGAGGAGCGCGCAACAGGAACAGAAGAUCCACCAACGAGGACGAAAGUUAAACCAUAAUGUUUAACGUUCUUUAUUCUUCUAUUACCAUUGUUCUUCUUUGUUCGUUAUUUUCGGUAUUCUUUCUAAGUAUUCUUUAAUUUAGUUUUAUCUAUUUUAUAUGGUGUGUUUACUAUGUAAGAUAAAACAUUUUAGAGGGUGAAUCAUUUUACGUAAAAGAACGAAAUGUUUUACUUUAUUUAGGAAACAGGCUGUAUAACAAAUUAGUGAUUUUUUCGGGAUGUUUAAUAAUGUCGCUUGGUCAAAUUUAACGCCGAAAGUUUGUAAUUUAUUUUUUUACUGAUAAAUCAAGUGUGAUAUUAAUUUUUGGACUGAGAUAGAAGAAUCGAUGUUAUUUUACGAUAAUUUAAGGGAAGUGUUUUAAUGAACUGGCUUUGUUAAAUAUUUUCCUUCACACUGUUUCAGUUUUAUGAUGGAGUGAGAUGUUUUUGCAAUGUACAUACAAUAAAAUAAAAAGUUUUUAAAAUUGCA